ACACGCUGGAGCUGGGGAGAAGCUGGUGGACGACGAAGUACAUCCAUGUUUCUUUCUUCUCGAGUUCCACCGCCCUUGAAAUUCCCCCACCCCGACGAUCUGGUGAUUUGGGGUAUCGAUAGCUGGCUUGGCUGGCCUUCCGAAGUUCACACGAUUUACGAUUUGAGUUGUAGAUUUACGAGGACUCCGUAGUCCACUCGGUCGCCUGAAGUGCAUUACCUGCAGCAGUAUUCAACAAUACCCUACAACUCAUCUCCGCAAUCCGCCGCCUCAUAUCCUUCUGGACUCCCUCGACCACCCCGCCAUUAUGUUCACUAGCUUCACCGGCAACACGCGGCGGCCGCGACAGGUCAACCUCGGCGGUCGACGACCAAACCCACUUGGCAACAGUAGUACAGGCGCCGGGGCUGGAUCACAAGCCGCCCUCGACCGAGCUCAGCAGGAACGAGUACAACGGCAGCGGGAACGAGAUGCACUGAAUGCGGCGAAACGGAUACAGAGAGUCUGGCGAGGGCAUACGAGUAGACGGGAGGUUGCGGACGAGCUGCGGCGGCAAUGGGAUGCUGCCGAGCGCUCUGCAAGCCGCUUACAACAGACGACAUCCUACGGCUCUGAAGAAGAAGCCCUUGUACAGCUGCAGCGGCUGCUACGCUUUGCUUCUGCGAGGAGCGAAGAGGACCUCAGCCGAGUGAGUCAUUACGGCUCACGACAGAUGGAGACAGUACGGCAACUGCAUAUCACGUCAAGCGGGCGGUGGUCGUUGGCAUAUCUGCGACUGGAAAAGAUGCUGCUGGUAGCCCUGGAACGGCAGAGCAAACCUUUUCUAACAUGUCAGGACCACACCGGCAAACUCCUUGAUCUCGUCCGAUUUGUGGCUGAUCAGAUACCCUCCGAGACAUCCCAGAACGCCAAGCAAUACUAUCGCACCCUCGCCCAUACUAUAUCGAGACUUGCACCGACCCUCGAUGCGUCAGAAACGGCUACCUCGGAAGCAUGGGACGUCAUCUUCAGCACAGUCACCUCACCCUUGAAGACAGUCACGGGGUAUACUUUGGAUGCCUACGAGGCCUUCGGUUAUACCUUCCUGACUCUUCCAUUGAUGAGUUCCGACUCCAAGUCGCCGCUGAUACACAAGUUCCGAGACUCACUUGCCGACUCGAUCAACUACAAGCUACUCGCUAGUGCGCUGGCGACCCUGUUCAAGGGCCCCGGACUACAUACAGUGUCUGAGUUGAAAAGUACGACCAGCCGGUUACGGUUGCUGGGCUCUUUUAUCUACUUCCACCGUUAUGCCCACAACUUCAAUACACCAGAAGCAUAUGCUGUGCACAAAGACUUCGUAGCAGUAGUCUCGUUGUUACUCAACUCGCUCCCCGUCAACAUCAUCGAUAGCCCACAUUCCGUCACCGAAGUAACAGGAGAUGACGAAAUUGCUCAACACCCUGGCUUGGCAACAAGCUUCUUGCAGGCGCAGGUCAUCUCCUUAGUAAACCAAGAGGGCAUAGGGAGUUUGUUGUCUGGAUUUUCACAAUCAUCGGAAGCUUCAGAGGAUGAGAAGAUCGAGGAAGCUAGGCAACUAGCGAAUUACGCUCUCGCAUUGCUACGCUUCUUUCCACGGCGAGGGGAUGAAAUACGGAUGUGGCUCUAUAUUGGUCCAUCAGAUGCCCCCUCAGCAUCCAGCAAACCCAAAUUACCUGCAAUCCGAUAUUUCUGGGAGGCAUCGAAACGCUCGUCAGUGUUUUCUACCAUAUUCCGGGAUUCCCGUGCGGCUAUUGGCCUUCUCAAGUCGAAAACGCUAGAAGUCAAAAGUGAAGAAUUCCCGCGUAUGUCGGCCUUAACGCAGCAUGGCUUUUGGCAACCAGCGCAACAGGAGAUUGAUCGCGACGCUAUUAUAACAGACGAAUGGCGGGUGGUUCUAGUGUUCCUGGAGCUGUAUACAUUCGUCCUCAAGGUAACAGACGAUGAAGAGUUCUUUUCUGCUGGUCAACAGGAUGUCUAUUCCAGCCAUUUUCGCGAUAGUGGCUUACCUUUGAGCGACGUAAAGGAUCUGACUACCUUUCUGAAGAAUCUGGGUUUUACACUGUACUUCAAUGCAGUUGACAUAAGUCUGCCCGAGGUCGUUGCCAAAAAUAGCAGCACGGGCCUGAGCUAUUUCAGUACAAGGGCGGCUGAGAGUGAGGUUCAGAUCCAUCCUGUGGAGCCUUCAAUCGGUGGCGUCGCGGGCUUGAAGAUUGAUUAUGUCAAAGGCCUGGUCACUGGCCUCCUCCGUAUGGUUUACGAAAGAGAUUCUCGGCGCAAAUUCUUGCCUUCAGAUCAUUGGCUGAUGACCUCACGAUUUGACAUGACAGGUUUCAUACCAGCUGUCGUGGAAGAGGAGGAGUCACGUCACAAGAUACAGGAGGAAGAUGCAGAUGAUAUCGACGACGAAGUAGAAGAGGUUGUUGACACACCGCAACUCAUUGGCACUAGCCGAACCCAGCAGCAGCGACGACUGGAGAGGCUACAACGGCAACAGCGCAAGGCCUCGCGCAGAAGGUACUUGCAAGCAGUGGCGCCCCGCCUAGAGAUCCUGCAGAACAUGCCAUUCUUCAUACCCUUCACCACAAGAGUGCAGAUAUUCCGCGAGUUUGUACAUUUGGAUAUGACCAAGCGAAGAGGCAGCUUGAAUCCUGAGGCUUGGCAGUUUAGGAUCAUGCAGCGACCCGACGCUGGUCACCAAUUUGAAAAGCACGCCGCAAAGAUCAGGAGAGAUAAUGAGUUUGAAGAUGCAUUCGAACAAUUCUACCCGCUCGGACAAGGCCUCAAAGAGCCGAUUCAGAUUACUUUUAUGGACCAAUUUGGUGCGCCUGAGGCUGGUAUCGAUGGCGGUGGCGUGACUAAGGAGUUUCUCACCAGCGUUACAAACCGGGCUUUCAUGCCAACAGAUUACAUUGACAUGUUCGUCGAAAACGACCAGCAUCUCUUAUACCCAAAUCCUGCGGCAGUCGAGGAACACAAGGAGGCACUCAGACAAGCGGGGUUUCACGAAAACUCACCAGAGUUCCGACUUCAGAUUUCCGAGCUGCUCCAACGCUACGAAUUUUUGGGUCGCAUCAUCGGUAAGUGCUUGUAUGAAGGUAUUUUGAUUGACGUCAACUUCGCCCCCUUUUUCCUCCGCAAGUGGGCUCUGACCGGCGGCACCGGGUCUGCGCCUAACGAGUCUGGCUACCGUCCUACGCUGAAUGACCUCCGUGACUUGGACGAAGCGCUUUAUCAAGGGCUGCAUAAACUCAAGACCUACGCUGGUGAUGUCGAAGACUUCUCGCUGAACUUCACCGUUACCGAUACCGUAAUCGUAGAUCACACGACCGAACCGAAGAAGACCAAAGCCACCACCAAGGAGCUGAAGCCGGACGGUGCAAACAUCCCGGUCACCAACCAAAACCGCCUCGUCUAUAUAAGCUAUAUGGCGCGCCAUCGACUCCAAAAUCAGCCAUAUCCCCAGACUACAGCCUUCCUCCGCGGCCUCAGCACCAUGGUGCAGCCUUCCUGGCUCUCCAUGUUCAACCAAUCCGAACUACAAACCCUCAUAAGUGGUACCCGCACAUCAAUCGACAUCGAAGAUCUACGUCGCAACACGAUGUACGGCGGCACAUACGUUAUCGGUGAUGACGGGCUCGAACAUCCUACGAUCCAACUAUUCUGGAAGAUCAUGAAAGAUAUUGGGGAUGAUGAGCGGCGUGCUGUGCUCAAGUUUGUGACCAGUACGCCUCGUGCACCCCUGCUAGGCUUUGGUACGCUGAAUCCAAGGUUCAGCAUCAGGGAUGCCGGGGGUGAUCAAGAACGGCUACCGAGCACCAGUACGUGUGUUAAUUUGUUAAAAUUGCCAAUGUACAGGGACGAGAUGAUUCUAAAGGCAAAGUUGCUGUACAGCGUAUUCUCGGGUGCUGGUUUCGAUUUGAGUUAAAUCGCUUAUGGAGGCAAUACCUAGUUCUAGUAAGACAAUUUCUAAAUUUCCCUCAAUCUAUCCCAUUCCAAAUUGCGUCGUGCGCUAGCCAUACGACUUGGGGGAUGAUCUAAUGGUGGAGUGGCAUGCCACAUGAGGGUGCAGAAUGGUAUGUAUGUGCGACAAAUCUGGCUACAUAUUUCCUGUACUUGUAAAGUUCAGAGGGUCUGUCGAACGUACGAUGGGGCUCAAGAAUAACACACAGUCGAUUAAGAUAACGGCGAUAUCAUGAAUAGACUACCUGAUGACUUAUCUGGAUGGUUGUGACCACGAGAGGUCAUGCGUUGAGCACAAUGCGAUAGUGUGAGUUUGUUUACAGGGUUAUGAUCCCAAAGUAGAUAUCGUCUGGCUAGGCUUAGGCAAGUUUGGGCUAACAUGAUCACCUGAUAUGACUAGAUU